AUGUCAAACUUUUCCUCCCACGGCCGUGGUGGUGCCGGUAACAUGGCCGACACCACCCAGUCCCCACGCCUACAGCCGUCCGAUUUGGAAACACCCACUCUCAAGAAGCCCGUCAUCUCUACCGGCCGCGGGGGCACGGGCAACAUGGCGCCUAACAAAGACCCCGUUGAAACUCGCAAGCGCCAGGAUGUCGAUGCUGUCCCUCGGCGACCAAGCUCGGGCGCACAGCACGCAGGCCGUGGCGGCGCCGGGAACGUGUUCAAGGACAAGGCCGAAGCCGAACGGUUGGCGCGCAAGGCGAACGACGACAGCGCCAUUGCCGAGGACGACACCGAGUCUGCCAAUACGGAUCUCAAGGGCGGCGACAAGGACAAGGAGGCGGCCAAGGAGAAGAGCAAGGCCAAGCACUGGCUCCUUGGCGGCAAGAAGGCCUAG